UGCAGCGAAUGGCGUUGCCGCUGUGGAGCGCUACCGGCAACGCGCGAAUGCCACUGGCGCUGCCUGGCGCGCAUCUCCUGGCGGAUUAUGGCUCCUUGCGCGCUCCUGGCCGAGCGUCCAGGAGCUUGAGCAUCCUGGCGGCAAUAGCGCACGACACCUAUGAGGAGCCGAAGAAGUCUUUCGAGGCUCGCGUCAAGGAGGAGGUGUCUAUCGAUUUGAAUCCGCCGCGCGGGACAAGGGAUUUCGCCCCGCCGCUGAUGCUGCUGAGGAACUGGCUGUUCUCGCAUUUUAAAGAGGUCUCAAGAUUAUUUGGAUUUGAGGAGGUGGACUUUCCGGUGGUGGAGUCGGAAGCUCUAUACAUCAGAAAAGCUGGAGAAGAGAUUACACAGCAGCUCUAUAAUUUUGAAGACAAAUCUGGGCGCAGACUAUGCUUGCGACCAGAAAUUACGCCGUCGAUAGCAAGGCUUAUCAUCCAAAAGGGGAAAUCGCUCGUUUUCCCUCUGCGAUGGUUUACGAUUGGCCAGUGCUGGCGUUAUGAGAGAAUGACGAAGGGAAGAAGAAGAGAACAUUAUCAAUGGAACAUGGACAUAUUUGGGGUGCCUGGCGUUGAGGCAGAAGCUGAACUCCUUGCAGCUAUUGUCACUUUAUUCACUAGCAUGGGGUUCACCGCAAAUGAUGUGCGGAUACGUGUCUCUAAUCGUAAGGUGCUCCAAGCUGUUUUAGAUCGAUAUUCUGUUCCACAGGACAAAUUCAACAGUGUAUGUGUAGUUGUAGAUAAGAUCAGCAAGAUCUCCAAAGAGGAAGUCGACCAACAACUCAUGGACCUGGGACUCUCUUCCACGGCUAUCAAUGGAAUUAGACAUGCUAUACUACUUAAAAACCUUGAUGAUAUUCAAGAAUUAAUUGGGUCUUCAAGCGAGGCAUUUUUGGAAAUGAAGAAGUUGUUUGCUUUGUCAAAAGCUUAUGGCUACGACGAGUGGCUAGUUGUAGAUUUGGGAAUAGUGCGGGGACUGUCAUACUACACGGGUAUCGUAUUUGAGGCAUUUGAUACGCAAGGGAAAUUUCGUGCAAUCUGUGGUGGUGGUCGAUACGAUAAGCUUAUUUCAAAUUUUGGAGGCCCUUCGAUACCCGCCUGCGGAUUUGGUUUUGGGGAUGCAGUUAUUGUAGAUCUUUUAAACGAAUGCAAUCUAUCGCCAGUUCUCGGACACGAGGUUGACGACGUUGUGUUCGUCUUGGAUGAGGAGCUCCGCUGUCAUGCGUGCAACAUUGUGUCGCGGCUGCGCUCGGCUGGACGUACUGUUGAUAUGAUUUUAGAAAACAAAAAACUGAAAUGGGUAUUCAAUUAUGCAUCAAGAAUAGAUGCAAAACGCAUGAUUCUCUUGGGCAUAAGAGAGUGGGAAGAGGGAAAUGUUCGCGUGAAAGAUCUAGUUACGAGAGAGGAGACCGACGUAAAGGUGGCUGAACUGGUGCCAAGAGUUCCCAAAGAGGUGCAGCGUGGUCAGGGUAAACUCCCUGACAAGGAACGCAAUCUUCGUUAUUUACAUCCCGACGAGGUGAAAUUGGUUGAUGCCUCUGGAAGAUAUCCGGAAGAGUAUGAAGUAGGAUUUCCUAGUCGUGGCAUUCUGGAGGCUUUUGUGGACGAGUGCAAGCAGAAGCAUGCCGAAUUCAAACGCAGGCGCCGGGGAGACCCUGCUCCGGGGCACCUUAAGUACGUUCUAAGGGAGAUGAACCUUGAAGACGUUGAUCUCGAAGAUUUGACAAUAGAUGACGCCAUGAAUCUGUGGGUGAAAAACUCGGGCGGUAUUAUUUGGGAGGAUGCAUAUCAGUUGAUACACGAUCAUAAGCUCUCAAUCUCCCACAUACUGGACAUGGAUGUUUUUAAAGGACAAGGGAAGCUGGCUGCCUUGAAAACAAGACGAGAACCGAACAUUCCCAACUAUCUUGACGACUAAAUACUAAACAACGGAUGCUGUGAGUUUACGUGAUCUUGUACAUUGUAGGCAACGAAAUCUGGUAAUUGAAGCUUUCUUUGGUGACUUUA